CCCCUUAGGUAGCACUUCAGCUGGCCUUGUCCCCUGGAUGGCAGGGAUACAUCCCACCCAUGUGGCUCAGCCCUCCUGGUGUUGCCUCGUCCCCCUACCUGUCCCCAGGGCCACCUUCCCCCUCACUCUCCUGUGUCCAUGUGUCUCUUCCAGCUGUGUCCCACACGUGUGUCCCUCUUCCCUCACCAUGUACGCCUGUACAAAGUUCGUCACUGUUCCUGCGCUGGUGUGGAGGAGCCCGCGGGUGCUGUGCCAGCCUCUCUCUGCCUCCCUGCUCAGCAUUCCCAAUGCACGGAUGGAGCAGGUGCACCCAAGUGCCCGUAGGACCAUCGUGACAAGUGUGGCCCGCAGAGACAUCGACACCGCUGCCAAAUUCAUCGGUGCUGGUGCAGCCACUGUGGGGGUGGCCGGCUCCCGGGGCCGGCAUCGGCACCGUCUUGGCAGCCUCAUCAUCGGCUAUGCCAGGAACCCCUCGCUGAAGCAGCAGCUCUUCUCCUAUGCCAUCCUGGGCUUCGCCCUCUCUGAGGCCAUGGGGCUCUUCUGCCUGAUGGUGGCCUUCCUUAUCCUGUUUGCCAUGUGACAGAGCCAUGGCAGUGACGCGGUGACGGUGACAGUGCCUGCAGCCCAGGCACAGCUGUGAAUGUCUGGCGUGGGGAGAGGUGAGCCCCGCUCCUUACCCUCGCCCCAACUGAUUUGGGGAAUAAAUACGGUUGGAUAAUG